CCCCCCAAGGUCACACCCCGACCCUCAGCCAGAGACCCCACCCUCACACACACAGCCGCUCCAACCCAACCCAGCCGAGCUCAGUGUAUCCGGUAUAAGUUUGAACUUUGUAAGCAAAUGAAUAAAAUGCUUGGAUAAUUGUUUGUAUACACUGCUAGGAAGGAAAUAUAUAUUUGAUCAUUUGUAUGUAUUCAUAUUAUGUAUAAUCCAUUAUCAUUAUCACUUGUCAAGUAAAUGUAUGAACGUGAUUGGAUAGUAUAUUUGCACUACUAGUAGGUUCAUCUGACAUCGACAACAUUUGAUAUGGUGAAUAUUUUGUCAUUAAUCAUUUACAUUAUUUUGUUCUGAGUGUGGCAGAAACAUGCAACUCUAAGUGCCAUGGCAAAAGGAACGCUGUUUGCACUAUGAGCCUAUUUAGAGCCACUGGUAAGUGUGUGAUCAGUUGUACCAAGUGCAAUACCAAAUAUACUGAGCUAGCACUGCAGGCCUACAAGUUUACAAUGAACAACAAGCUGUCACGUAUCACCAGAUAGCCUGCUCCCAUCUGCCUAGUUACAGUCAACCAUGCAUUAUCUCACCCUCUCACGUGUGCGCGAAACGCCACCGCAUUGGUCAUUUCAGACCGGGGGAGUGUUUUUGUUAUAAUUCAGGAAGAACCCUACUCCUUUCAAAAAUAGUUUUGUCAGAAUUACAUUAUUUUCAAAUGAAAUUAUUAUAAUCCUGAGCACUAUCGAGUGUGGAUAGUGAGCUCCUGUGUCGAGCAAAUAGAACACUUCCCAUCACCUGCCAAUCAAUCACCAUUCCAGCCCAGCCACCCCACCUGUGUGGUCGGACAAGGUCUGGCCCGUUGGCAUGGCGAUGAUGGAGGAAGGGGCACGGAGCUGCCUGCUUCAGUCACGCUCCAGCCUGGAGCAGGACAUCAGGGCUUCCUACCUGAUGGAUCACAUGAUCAGUGACGGUGUGCUGACUGGGGACGAGGAGGACAGGAUCAGGAGCAAGCCCACCAGGAAAGAGCAGGCGGCGGCCCUGCUGGAGCUGCUCCUGAGGAAGGAUAACCAGGCCUACAUCUCCUUCUACAACGCCCUGGUCCGUGAGAGCUACGGAGACCUGGCCAGCCUGCUCCACAACAGCCUGCCCCUGGUCUCCCCUGAGGCUGAGAAGAGCUUCUCAGAUGGUGGCACCCACUAUGUCCAGGCGGUGCUGAGUGAGGGCGGCGUGCCCCAGAGACCCGUGGUGUUUGUGAGCCGGCCAGCCCUGAUGAACCGGGUCAGGGAGAAGCUCCACCGCUUGCAGAAGGAGCCCGGCUGGGUCACUGUGUUCGGCAUGGCCGGCUCCGGCAAGUCUGUCUUGGCUGCGGAGGCAGUCCGAGACCACGCACUCAUCACAGAGUGUUUUCCGGGAGGAGUCCACUGGCUGUCCAUAGGCCAGCUGGACCGGUCUGAUCUGCUGGUUAGGAUCCAGUCACUGUGUUUCCGUCUGGAGCAGCAGAGCCAGGAGAAAGACCCCUCGUCCUCCCUCCACCGGCCUCCUGGCUCUCUGGAAGAGGCCAAGGAGCGACUACGCUUCCUCAUGCUCCGUCGUUACCCCAGGUCGUUGCUGAUACUGGAUGACAUCUGGGACAGCUCGGUGCUCAAGGCCUUUGACAUCCAGUGUCGAGUACUGCUCACCACCCGAGACAGAAGCCUAGCCGACUGUGUCAGCGGUUCUAAGUCUGAGGUGGCAGUGGAGAGUGGACUGGAGGAGGAUCAGGCCUUGGAGAUCCUCGCCCUGUAUGUCAACAGGAAACCCCAGAGACUCCCAGAACAAGCCCGCAGCAUUGUCAGAGAGUGCAAAGGCUCUCCCUUGGUGGUGUCCCUAAUCGGGGCCCUGCUGCGGGAGUUCCCGGACCGCUGGGCCUACUACCUGCACACGCUCCAGCAGAAGAAGUUCAAGCGUAUCCGUAAGUCGUCUUCGUAUGACUACGAUGCCCUUGACCAGGCCAUGGCUGCCAGCAUCCAGGUCCUGUCUGAGGAACACAGGGAGCUGUACAUUGACCUCACCGUGCUGGAGAAGGAUGUCAAAGUACCUGCCAAGGUUCUGUCGGUUCUGUGGGAUCUAGAACCGGAGGAGGUGGAGGACGUUCUCCAGGACUUUGUGAACAAGUCCCUACUGUUCCGUGACUGUCACCACCGGCCCUACCUCUACUACCUCCAUGACCUCCAGCUGGACUUCCUGGCUGAGAUGAACCGCUCUGGUCUAGAAAGCCUCCACACCAAGGUGGUGCGUCAGUACCAGCAGCGCUACAGCCAGGGUCCCCCCACCUCAGGAGAUGAAGAGUGCCUCUACUGGUUCAGAUUCCUCACCUACCACAUGGCCAAGGCCAACCUCACACAGGAGUUGUGCUCUCUGAUGUUCUCUCUGGACUGGGUCAGAACUAAAGCUCAGAUUAUGGGACCGGCUCAUCUCAUCAAUGACUAUGUGGAGUACGGCGCCAUACUGGACAAAGAGAACAGCGAGUUGCGGGGCCACUUCCAGGAGUUCCUGUCUCUGAACGGCCACCAGUUGGAGCAGCGUCCGUUCCCUGACGUAGUGCAGCUGGCCCUGUCCCAGCCAGACUCCUCUGAGGUGUACCGCCAGGCCCUGCUGCAGGCGCAGGAGAGGGCCACCAGAGGGGGACUCUACCUUGACUGGGUGAACAAAAGUAGUCUGAAGAGCCUGUCUCGUCUGGUGGUCCAGCCCCACCAGGGAUCCAUCUACUCUGCCUGCUUCUCCCACGACGGCACCAAGAUCGCCUCCUGUGGCUCCAGCAAGACACUGCGAGUGUUUAAGAGCACGUCUGGGGAGAAGCUGCUGGAGAUCCAGGCCCACGACGAUGAGGUGCUCUGCUGCGCCUUCUCCCCGGAUGACCGUCUCCUAGCAACCUGCUCCAGUGAUAGGAAGGUCAAGGUUUGGAAUGUGGAGCGUGGGACUCUGAUGAGGAUGUUUGAGGACGAACACGAGGAGCACGUCAACCACUGUCAGUUCACCAACACACGCCGACGCCUCCUACUGGCCACCUGUUCCAACGACAAGUUCAUGAACACUAAGCUGUGGAACAUCAAUAAACCCUCCUCCCAGAACACCAUGUUUGGUCAUUUGGAGCCUGUCAAUCACUGCUGUUUCUCCCCUGAUGAUGCCUACCUCUCCACCUCUUCCAGCGACGGAACCCUGAAGCUGUGGGAGGUGUCCUCGGCUAAUGAGUGGAAGUCCAUAGACGUAGCGGACAUGUUCCCGGAGCAGAGGGAGCAGACGGAGGUCAUGGUGAAGUGCAGCACCUGGUCAGCAGACGGCAGGACCAUCAUCUGUGCUGCCAGGAACGCAGUCUUUGUGUUUGAUGUAGAGACGGCGGCCAUGUUGUUGGAGAUCCGGACCAGUCGUCUGAGCACGGUGCAGUACUGUCACGCUUGUCCCAGCAGCAACCUGGUGGCCAUCGCACUGUCACACUAUGCUGUGGAGCUGUGGGACAUAGAGACCAGUAAGAAGAUGGCUGACUGUAGUGGUCAUCUGAGCUGGGUCCAUGGAGUCCAGUUCUCCCCUGACGGAUCUCUACUGCUCUCCUGUUCUGACGACCAGACCGUCAGGGUGUGGGAGACUAAAAAAGUCCACACCUCAUCAGCUGUCUGUUUGAAGAGGGAUUCUGACGUGCUCUUUAACAACGGUGACAUUACUGUGGUCGCCGCCGACAACCGCAACAGACUGCAGGUGAGGAAUGGGAGGACCGGAGCGGUGAUGUUCCAGUCAGAGAACCAGGAGUCUCGUAUCCGCUGCACUGCGAUCUGCUCACAGACCUCAGCCGUGGGGCUGGGACGAGAGGAUGGGACGAUACAGGUGUUGGAGGUGCCGUCGGGGACCUCUCUAGCCACUCUUCAGGGUCACACCAGGGCAGUUCUCCACUGCCAGUUCACCCCGGAGGGACACACACUCAUCACCUCCUCUGAGGACACCACCAUACGGGUGUGGAGGUGGAGGACAGGUGAGUGUGUGGUUCUGGAGGGCCACAAGGAGCAGGUCAGAUGCUUCUCUCUGCUCACCACCUCACCCUCCUCAGAGACACAUCUCCUCAGCUGGUCCUUUGACGGCACCAUCAAGGUGUGGGACAUGUCUAGUGGUGAACGGCUGCAGGAUCUAGUGUGUCACCAAGGGGCGGUGCUAGCCUGUGACGUGUCGCCUGACGGACAGCUCUUCGCCACCACUUCCGCUGACAAGACUGCCAAGGUGUGGAGCAGUGCAUCGUGGGAGUGCGUGCGCCUGUUGAACGGCCACCAGGACUGUGUCCGCAGCUGCCGCUUCUCUUGGGACGGCCGGCGCCUAGCAACCGGCGACGACAACGGAGAGAUACGGCUGUGGAACGUGAAGGAUGGUACUCUACUGAAGAUCUGUUCCCGUGACAACAAGGACGCCAUGGACUCUCUGCACGGAGGCUGGGUGACCGACCUGCACUUCUCCCCAGACAACACUAUGCUGCUGUCUACAGGAGGAUACAUUAAGUGGUGGAACGUGGAGAAAGGAGAGGCCCUCCAGACCUUCUACCCGACAGGAGCCAAUCUGAAAAGGAUCCACGUGUCACCUGACUUCUCCACCUUCGUCACCAUCGACAAUAUCGGAAUCCUCUACAUCCUGAAGAAGGUGGAAUGAGGAGGCAUAGCUCAUUAGUCUAAAGUGGUUUACUUAUAGCUCAUUAGUCUAAAGGGGGCGUAGCUCAAUAAUGGAAAUAGCUCUCGUCUCCUCUCCUUGCAUUGAUCUGAAAGAGCCAGACGGGUGAGAGCCAAUGUCCGUUAGUCAUCUGCCAUGUUGCUUUAGCCUGCGUUCUCAGAUCAGAGUAGGUGAAGAACAGGAGAUCUUCUAAAGGACAAUCAUUUCUCCUGCUCUGCCUUCUGCAUAACACAACAGUCACACAAUCACAACAAAAUACAUCAUUUCUCCUGCUCUGCCUUCUGCAUAACACAACAGUCACACAAUCACAACAAAAUACAUCAUUUCUCCUGCUCUGCCUUCUGCAUAACACAACAGUCACACAAUCACAACAAAAUACAUCAUUUCUCCUGCUCUGCCUUCUGCAUAACACAACAGUCACACAAUCACAACAAAAUACAUCAUUUCUCCUGCUCUGCCUUCUGCAUAACACAACAGUCACACAAUCACAACAAAAUACAUCAUUUCUCCUGCUCUGCCUUCUGCAUAACACAACAGUCACACAAUCACAACAAAAUUGAUACCCUGACAAAAUGAAAUAUUCUGCUUUUCUUAUUGUAUCAGGGGACCAUAGACAAAAUGCAUUUGAUUCUUACUGCACUGGGGUAAAUCGCAUGCAAUGGACAGAUUUUUCUAUGCUCUUUUUAACUAGGAAAAUCUAUGCUAUAAUGAAAUGCACCAGCAUUAUCUGUUGUGAUUCUACAGUGAUGUUGUCAACCACAGUGAAUUGGUUUUGUAUUUCUAAGUGCCCGAAUGAGUCUUUUGCUUUGUUAAUGUCGUGGCACUCUGCAAAUGGUCAUGAUUGUGUUCUGUCGUCUUAAACAAAGUACAUGUAUUUUUCCCUGUGAAGUUCGGCGGCAGGGAGCCUAGCGAUUAAGAGCGUUGGGCCAGUAACCUAAAGGUUGCUGGUUCGAAUCUCUGAGCCGACUGGGUGAAACAUCUCUCUUAUGCCUUUCAGCAACGCACUUAACCCUAAUUUGCUCUUGUAAGUCGCUCUGGAUAAGAGCGUCUGUUCACUAAAAUGUAAAAAUGUAGUGGUCUAAACCUGCGUAUUUGGACUAACUAAAGCCUUAAAGGUGGAGUCCGCAGUAUGGGGAAGUCGACCCACUACUGUUGUUGUUGUCCGGGCUGAGGAGCGUCACACAGCAUGGUAAAACUAAUAGCAGGACAUAUUGUGCUCUCCUAUUGCACAUGCACUGAUGUCUGAGGGGGAGAACUGUUGGUUGUUUCCAGUAACUUCUUAGUUGUUGUAAUAUCACAAAUGGACGUGGCUGUUUCACCAUUAAGGAUUCCAGCUUUCAUGUUUUUAAGGGGACAUGUACUAAGGAAAAUGUGGGAAAGCAAAGGAAAGGUCCAAAUGAUAGGGAUCUUUGCAUCAACCAGCUCAGUCUCACGUCAGAUUUAGACGUUCAUCCAUGUCUCUCAAACGUCCAUUCUGAAAGUGUUUAAGGUUAAGUCCAGGCAUUAACUCCAUAUUCUUAAGUUUAGCUAUUGACAGAAUUGUUAAGGUAAGGGAUAAGGUUUGGGUUAGGCUUCACUUUCUAUUGCUGUAUUCAAACUUGCAACCUUUGGAAUCAGAGGGAGAUGCUUCUCCCCCAUCCGCCAUCCCUGUCCACAACGCCCUAGCAAAUCAGAAACUUUAUUGAAGGUAACAGCGCUCACUGUUGCCCCUAGUGGCUGGUUUCCACGUCAUCUCCCAACAUCUUCAGACUUGGAUGGACGUCGAAUACUGACUUGAAUAACAGGUGACCUGGCUGGUUUGCAAUGUUAUCAACAAAUCACAUUACUGCCAUAAAUGCAUAAAACAUGUGUAUUGGUUCAGCCCAUUUUCCAGAGCAAAUGAGUAAUUCAAACCUUUACCAAAGGCAUUUGUCAGAAUAGCAUCUGUCGACUAUGUUUACUAUCAAGUUCAAAACUGUUUAGGACAUUUUAUACACUAAUUAUAUCAUUAGAGACUGUUUUUUUUGUACAAAGUAUUUUUUAUUGUAUACAUCUUGCUUUCAUACAUUUAGUUUUCUUACUAUUACUGAUCCACACUCUAGUGAGCUUUGUAAAAAGGCACUAUAAUUUUUCUCUUGUGGUCUGUAUCAAGAACAUGGCCUUGUUCCAAUACUUUGACAAUGCGUCCUUACUUCCUUGCUUCCUUCCUUCCAUCAUUGCUUGACUUCAUCUCUGAUCUGACUCUAUUGAAUAGCUGACCGAUUGCUUCCACUUCAUGGCUGACAAUCCAGAGUCAUUUAAAGUCUGUGAUUAUUGAAGGGAAGGAUGUGUUUUCGAAGUAUUCAAUCUGGGCCUUGUUUUUGAUGUCAGAACAUGUGCUCUUAACCUAUUGGUGCUUUAAACUCAGUGUGCAAGUAAAUCAUCAGAGGAGGUCUCUCCCUGUCAAUCAAAUCUGUGAAGUCUCGAGGUGAUCUCAGGACAUGAAUACUGUUAUGGUAAAGUGCUUGUGUGUGGUGUGUAAUUUAUAAUACCUUAGAGAAUAAAACAUUCUAUGACAGCA